AAAGGGGAAAUAAUUCUAUCAUUUAAAAUUUGGUAUGAAAGUUUAAUUUGCGGAACCGCUUCGGAAAUAUAAAAUUACUUUUCUUAGCUAUUUGUUGUUUAGUGUUACAAUUACAGUUAUAACGGAUGACACAAAUAUUUUAGUUGCAGCUGCACAAAUAUAUCUAAAAUGCAUAAUAAAGCAGAUUUAGGAAAACGCCAGGAGGAACCCAAGCAGGAUAAUGCGCGCUCACGUGCUGAAGCAGAAGCUGCUUUGGAAAAUGAGCAUCUACGUUUACGCGAAAUUGCUGAAACAGUACGAGGAGAUUACUACGAAUCUUACCGCCAAAUGAUUUUGGAAUUGAGACCAUCACACUUAGAUGAGUUCGCUAAAGUUUUAAUGGAGCAACAGAAACACGUGCUGCAAAAGCAAGACGAGUUAAUCUUUGAAAUGAGUGAACAGCUGAUGCACAGCCUGCAGAGUUCGUUGGACAGAUUUUGGAAGGAUUAUGAUAUUGCAAAUCGAUUAGCUGAGCUGGAAAUGUUAAAAGAACAAUACAAAGAGGUCAAGGGAAAUACCUGGAAUAUACAGCAAAAGACUCCAUUUCAAAGAACCUUGCCGCUGCGAAUGCGUUUCAAAGAACUUAGAUUACGGCACUUGGGAAAACAACUUCAAUGUCAAAAUCAGCAACUGGAGAGUUUAAUGCUGAUUAAUUGUAAAGAGCGGAGCCGUAUUGAGGUCGUGGAGAAGCAAAGAACAACUAUGUUAAUGAAUUUGACACGUUACUCCGAAUAUAUAGACCAAGCAAAGUCACAAGCCAUACAAAUGGCCAACGAUUUAUUAGAUGAUGUUCAGAACUUGUUUAUAAAAUAGCAGUUUUUAUACAUGUAAUUUUUUAAGUUAUUGUUAUUCGUUUAAGAAAAAAUAUAUACACCUGAGUAAAAA